AUGGACAAGAUCCUGGAGGGCCUGGUGAGCUCUUCGCACCCGCUGCCCUUAAAGCGGAUGAUUAUACGGAAGGUGGUGGAGUCGGCGGAGCACUGGCUGGACGAGGCGCAGUGCGAGGCCAUGUUUGACCUGACGACCCGGCUCAUCCUGGAGGGCCAGGACCCUUUUCAGCGGCAGGUGGGACACCAGGUGCUGGAGGCCUACGCACGCUACCACCGACCAGAGUUCGAGUCCUUCUUCAACAAGACCUUUGUGUUGGGCCUACUUCAGCAGGGCUACCAUUCGCUGGACAGGAAGGACGUAGCCAUCCUGGACUACAUUCACAACGGCCUGAAGCUGAUCAUCAGCUGCCCAUCGGUGCUGGACCUCUUCAGCCUGCUGCAGGUAGAGGUGUUACGGAUGGUGUGCGAGAGGCCAGAGCCGCAGCUGUGUGCCCGCCUGAGUGACCUCCUGACCGACUUCGUGCAGUGCAUCCCCAAGGGGAAAUUGUCGAUCACCUUCUGUCAGCAGCUGGUUCGGACGAUAGGCCACUUCCAGUGUGUGUCCACCCAGGAGAAGGAGCUGCGGGAAUAUGUCUCCCAGGUGACAAAAGUGAGUAACUUGCUGCAGAACAUCUGGAAGGCCGAGCCCUCCACACUGCUGCCUUCCCUGCAAGAAGUUUUUGCAAGCAUCUCUUCCACAGAUGCAUCAUUUGAACCUUCUGUAGCAUUGGCAAGCCUUGUGCAGCAUAUUCCUCUACAGAUGAUUACAGUUCUCAUCAGGAGCCUUACUACGGAUCCAAAUGUAAAAGAUGCAAGUAUGACCCAAGCUCUUUGCAGAAUGAUUGACUGGCUGUCCUGGCCACUGGCUCAGCAUGUGGAUACAUGGGUGGUUGCACUACUGAAAGGCCUGGCAGCUGUCCAGAAGUUUACUAUUUUGAUAGAUGUUACUUUGCUGAAAAUAGAACUGGUUUUUAAUCGACUUUGGUUUCCUCUUGUGAGACCUGGUGCUCUUGCAGUUCUUUCUCAUAUGCUGCUCAGUUUUCAGCAUUCUCCGGAGGCUUUCCACUUGAUUGUUCCUCAUGUAGUUGAUUUGGUUCACUCUUUCAAAAGUGAUGGCCUGCCUUCCAGUACAGCCUUCUUAGUGCAGUUGACAGAAUUGAUACACUGUAUGAUGUACCAUUAUUCUGGAUUUCCAGACCUCUAUGAGCCUAUUCUGGAGGCGAUAAAGGAUUUUCCUAAGCCCAGUGAAGAGAAGAUUAAGUUGAUUCUCAGCCAAAGUGCCUGGACUUCCCAAUCCAACUCUUUGGCAUCUUGCUUGUCUAGACUUUCUGGAAAAUCUGAAACUGGGAAAACUGGUCUGAUUAACCUAGGAAAUACGUGUUAUAUGAACAGUGUUAUACAAGCCUUGUUUAUGGCCACAGAUUUCAGGAGACAGGUAUUAUCUUUAAAUCUGAAUGGGUGCAAUUCAUUAAUGAAAAAGUUACAGCAUCUUUUUGCCUUUCUGGCUCAUACACAGAGGGAAGCAUAUGCACCUCGGAUAUUCUUUGAGGCUUCCAGACCUCCAUGGUUUACUCCUAGAUCACAGCAAGACUGUUCGGAGUACCUCAGGUUUCUAUUAGACAGGCUCCAUGAAGAAGAGAAGAUCUUGAAAGUUCAGUCCUCACACAAGCCUUCUGAAAGUCUGGGGUGUAGUGAAACUUUCUUACAAGAAGUAGCUAGUAAGGCAGCUCUACUAACAGAGACACCUUGCACAAGUGAUGGUGAGAAGACUUUAAUAGAAAAAAUGUUUGGCGGGAAACUACAAACUCACAUAUGUUGCUUGAACUGUAGGAGUACCUCACAAAAAGUGGAAGCCUUCACAGAUCUUUCACUUGCUUUUUGUCCUUCCUCUUCUAUGGAACACUUGUCUUUUCAAGAACCAGUAUCAUCACCUAAUGCACUCAAUGAUGGUCUGAUGCAAGCCAGUGUGUCUGGUCCGUCAGAAGAACCAGUAGUUUAUAAUCCAGCAGCAGCUGCUUUUGUCUGUGACUCAGUUGUAAAUGAAAGAACUGUAGACAGUCUUCCUCAUGAGCUUCGCUGUACUGAAAACACUUCUGUCCCUAAUGAGUCUAGCAAGAUUCUUGUUAAUAAAGAUGUAUCUCAGAAACCAGGAGGUGAAACCACACCUUCCGUGACUGACUUACUAAAUUAUUUUUUAGCUCCAGAGAUUCUUACUGGUGACAACCAAUAUUAUUGUGAAAACUGUGCCUCUCUGCAGAACGCUGAGAAAACUAUGCAAAUCACGGAGGAACCUGAGUAUCUUAUUCUUACUCUCCUGAGAUUUUCAUAUGAUCAGAAGUAUCAUGUGAGAAGAAAAAUUUUAGACAAUGUGUCACUACCACUGAUUUUGGAGUUGCCAGUUAAAAGAACUACUACUCUCUCUUCAUUGUCAGAAAGCUGGUCUAUAGAUGUUGACUUCACUGAUACUAGGGAGAACCUUGCUAAAAAAUUAAAGCCUUCUGGGACUGAAGAAGCUUGUUGUCCAAAAUUGGUGCCCUAUCUACUAAAUUCUGUGGUGGUUCACUCUGGCAUAUCCUCUGAAAGUGGGCAUUACUAUUCUUAUGCAAGAAACAUCACAGGUACAGACUCUUCAUACCAGAUGUGCCACCACCAGUCUGAAACUCUGGCUUUAGCAUCCCCCCAGAGUCAUUUAUUGGGGAAAGAUAGCCCCACUGCAAUUAUUGAACAGAAUUUGGAAAAUAAGGAAAUGUCAAAAGAGUGGUUUUUAUUUAAUGACAGCAGAGUGACGUUUACCUCAUUUCAGUCUGUCCAGAAAAUUACAAGUAGGUUUCCAAAGGACACAGCUUAUGUGCUUUUGUAUAAAAAACAGAACAACACUAAUGGUUUAAGUGGUAAUAAUACAACUAGUGGACUCUGGGUAAAUGGAGACCCACCUCUGCAGAAAGAACUUAUGGAUGCUAUAACAAAAGAUAAUAAACUCUAUUUACAGGAACAAGAGUUGAAUGCUCGAGCCCGGGCUCUACAAGCUGCUUCUGCCUCCUGUUCAUUUCGGCCCAAUGGAUUUGAUGACAAUGACCCUCCAGGAAGCUGUGGACCAACUGGUGGAGGGGGUGGUGGAGGAUUCAAUACAGUUGGCCGACUCGUAUUUUGAUCCUGAAAGAGUCCAAAAUGCACUGGUCACAAAACAUCCCAUACUAUGACUGUUAAAAUGUCAGACUGUAACAAAUACCUUUUAUUUUUCUUUUCAUUAGACCUUUAUACUUUAAGAAAACACACUCAGUGCUUGUUUUUAUUUUCUUGACAAUACAUUUAUUCACAAAAUGCAUCAUGGGAAAAAAAUCUACCUCUUAAAAUUCCAUUUUCUCUUAGGGUUAGACAUGCUUGACCAAAAAUUUUCAGAGGAAAAUAUGUACUUGGUCCCUAAUUAAGCUGCAUUCAAUUUAAUAGAGGUGUAUAAGUGAUUCUAUCCUAAGUUUUACUGAAUGAAAGAUAUAAUUCAUUUAGCAUCCUUUAUAAAAGAAUUGAUACUAGAGGUGAGAGAAAUGUUUUUUUAAAAGAAAUUAUUUCCCGUGUAGUUACCCAUUAGUAAAUUCAAGUCUUUGAAAAUACUAGAGAUGAUAAAGUCUCUAAUGCAGGCAAUAACAUGAAAUUUAUCAAGCUGUGGUACUUGUCAGGUUUUUGUUUAGUGCCGUCUUCAGUAUCACUGUAUCUGCAUCUGAAGUACAAAUGUUUAAAAACAAACAUACUUAUGUGCAGAAUUGAUUUUAAGAAAGGUGCAUGAUCCUGUAAGAGCAACAUUUUUACCUAAAAAUGGCUAACUUUGUAGUAUUUCUAAUUGUUGCAGAAUUUUAAAAUCCUAUUUCAGGGAGUAUAUCUUCUGUGUGUUUUGAAGGAGGUGAGUUCUGUAUGUGCCUUGCAGUACUGUAAUUCAAAAAUAUAUAGGAAUCUUUGGCGGCAGAAAAGUUUUUUUAAAAAAAUGAAAUGUUAGGAAGUAAUUUUUUUGUGUUAAGAUUAAAAUUGUAACUUUUUGGAAGAUACUAGAUUUCCCAGAAGUAAAAACUGGUGGUUCUGAAUAAGUGUGAUCGUUCAUUUUUAACUCUUAAAAGAAUUCAGGGUAAAUGAACCCAGUUGAGUAAAAAAUCUUUUUUGAUUUUGUUACUUAAACAGUGCCCAGAAUAUUAAACACUGAUAUCCUAUUUUUAGAGUGGUACUUUUUGGCUUUGUGGGACUCUCAUAUGUUUUGCACUGUUGCUUCUAUUUCUUAGUUUCAGAUAAAAUCUUGAAAUGCCAGAGCCUACCAUCCAACUUUUUCUUUUGCCAGGAAACCAAAAAUCUCUUAUUUCCCUUGGGUCUGGAUUACACAGCGUUCAAGAGUUACACCAGUUAUCCUUCUUCCUGAAGAUUGUAACUUAUCUACGGUUGCUGUGUUGUUCUGAAGAUUGGUCUCAUUUAUUUUGAAAACAUUUUAA